AUGGACAUCACUCAGCAGUUUCUUGUUUACAAAAGAGACAGCAAGAGCGAACACGUACAGACAUUUAUGGAAGAAAUAUUCGAUUUUGUGACGAAUUCUUCGUUUAUGGAAGAAAAUCCACAGAUAAUGGACGAAACAUUCAUAUUCCUUAACAACCUGACCAACCUAAUUUUACAGCAGGACCCAGUAACUCUCUACGAAAACUCAGAUUUAAAAAUAAUUUUAAAAAUUAUUUCGAUAUUUAACAGAUACGACCAAAAUAUACAAGGCAUCAACAAGUUCAUGAUGAAAAUAUUCAAGCCAGCCCUCCAAUUCCUUCAAAAAAUCAUUUCUGUCCCAAAUGAAUUUUGGAAUUCUGAAAUCAUCAAUCUGGGCUACGGAAUCAUGAAGGUUAUCAACACAAUGGUCCAAUACGUACCAGAAUGCCGCGAUAAAAUGAAUGAACAAGAAAAUCUUUUUGUAAUUUUGAAUUUUAUCUUCUUUUGGAUCCAUAAUUUAUCAAUCUCUGGAUUUCCUGAACCUAUCUAUCCUUACAUGAAUGCUUUCGCCAUUCCAAAAAUCCCGACAAUCGAUCAAAAUCCUUCAAAAUUUUAUUUCUUUGAAUUUCCGAUCACAACCGCCGCCAAAUUUUACGAACCUCCGAAUUUUGAAUUUAUUGAUCCCAUGAUAUUGAAAAUACUAGAUUUGUUUGUAGAAUUGCAAAAUUUUAUGAAUUCUGUGAAUUUUCUUUCGAAAACGUUCAAAAGACUGGGAACUCUCGUUGAGGAGUUCAUGACUACUGAUGAGUAUCACACAAUAAUGCUUCUUUUCAUUGGAAGUUACAUUUUGUACAAAAUUAAUUUUGGAAUUGUGAAAUUAAUACCGAAAAACGGCUUAAUCUGGCAGAUAAUAUUCCAUCCUUUCCUAUAUGAUCAGAUGCGAGUGGUAGAUAGUAAGUAUUACAACUUUAAAUGCUUUUCUCGAAAAUUAAUUUACGAAAUCUUAGAAAAACUGUUUAAUGUAUCAAUAGAUCAUGCCAAAUUGUUAUUAAAAUACUCUGUGAACCUUCUGGGAACUGCUCCGAUGCAUAUUAGCGCUGAACAAAUCAAUUUAUUAUCAAAUUUUAUUAAAAACAAUCCAGACCACUUUAAUUCGAUUGUUUAUAUACCAAACUCAUACAAAGUUAUAGUUUAUUAUGGCACAAUGAUCAAUUCUGAUGAAUAUCAGUUUCUUCAAGAGGAUUUCUUGAGAUUUUUAAUGGAAUCGAGCUUUGUAAAGAUAGUAGCUAUCUCACUAUUUCGAAAUUCAUCCAUUAUGACCUUCGUUAUGUGUGAACUUUUCGAUAUUUCGAAAUAUAAUUUUUAUGCUUCCUUAAUUUUCACUGCUUUCUCAAGGUUUUCGAUUCCUUUGGACACAUACAUCUACUCCCUGUCAUACUGCAUCGACCAAUGCAUCCAGAACCCUUCAGAACAGAAAACACGCCAAUUAUCUCAAAUUUUGACUGAUUCUAUAUUGAUAAUCGGAAAUAGAACCGAAAAAAUAACCGCUAUCUCCACAAUUUUGUUCGACCAAUUUACGAAAUUGAUGAAUUUGGCUAAUUUCUAUCCUUAUAUCGUUAAUAGCAUAAUAGGAGUUGUUCGUUCGUUCGUGAAUAUCUCAAAGGUCUAUUAUCAGUCAACAGAACUCCUUUUUACGACGAAUUACAAAUUUGAUGCAAAAUUUGUGAAUUAUGAGACGUAUGAUAGGAUUAAGUUUAUAGUAUUUGGUAGUUUGGACUCUGUUCAGAACAUUGCUGAUGCUAAUUCUUUAGUUUUUGCGUAUAAUAUUUUAUCAGAUUCAGAUUACAUGAAAGAGAUAUUGAAAUUAGUAUGUUUAGCCAUGGAAAACUCUUUGUUUAAUACUUUGAAGGUCGUUUUCUCGAAAUUUCCUCGUUUUGCCGCAGAUAUUAUCACAAAACAAGAAAUACCAAUGGUAUUGCUCAUACAAAUACUCUCCGUGGUCAUGCAUUGCUAUUUCUCCCACGAGCUGAUGAAUUCUUUGACUGUUUCUGAGUUUAAGAAGUGGCCAUAUUAUUUAUGUGAUUUAAUCGACUGUUCUUUGAAUGUUAAGCAUUCAUUUCCAAGGUCUUUCUCAUUUCUGAACAGUUCUGACUCGUACAUCGCUCUCCCUGAGUUUUCAAACUCAAAUUCUUAUCCUAUAACCGUUUUUGCGGAGUUUUAUGAUGUUCUGAGUGCACAGAGUAUCAAUUUCAUAACGAUCAAAAUGGAAUCAAGAACUUUUUCGUUGAAUUUUGACAAAUAUUUUUAUCUUUCAAUAAAAACGAAAGAAAACGAAAUCAAACAAAAGAUAAAUGUUCAACAAGAGUAUCCGUGCCAAAUACAUUUCACAAUUGGCCAAUUUUCUUUGAUUAUUUUGAUAAAUAAUACAAAAACCGAAAUUCCUUUAUCAGAAGAAGGAAUUAACCUAGAUGAUGGUAAGUACAAUGUAGUUAUAGCCUCAAAUACCCAAUGUGUCGUUGGAAAUAUCUUUGUUUUCCUCCAAGAAGAAGAAAUUUACCAUUUUGACCCUUCAAAUGGCCAUGGCAACUUUAUGUCGAACAUUUCAACCGCAAACAGAGAUGAAGCAACGGUUAAUGGCCUAAUAAUACGAAAUAAUGAUGAUUUAUUCAAAAAAUUCAUCAAUAACAAAUGUAUGACCUACAUAGCAACAGCCUGUCAUGAUUAUGAUACUGCAAAUCACUUGAUUUCCACUCUAAGUAACUUGUUUUCUAUUGAUUCAAAAUUUGAAGAGAAAAUUAUUGAAUCAACUGACAUUUUGAACCCAUUGACAUUAAUUCUGAACUUAGAUAAGGCCAUAUACACCAAGGAAAUGAUCACAAACAUGUUUUCUCUCUUCAAUAAAUUUAAAAAUUUAAAUCUCCGCAGCAAAAUCAUGAAAAAGGUCUGGUUUAACAUUUCCUUCUGGAUGCAGUUGGACGAAAAGGUCGUGUCAUUCAUUGCUUCCUCGAUUUUGCCUGAAAUUUACUAUGAUAACUUAGAUUUGUGUCUGGAACUCAAUUCUGUAUCGAACAUGUUGAGUUUUGCAUGGCAUACAACCGAUGAAUUGGCCAUUUCCUUCUUCAAAGUCAUUAUUUUCCACUUACAAUCUGAUUUGUCCGAAAAAGAGCGGAAUUACAUCAUAAAGUUCAUUAAUCAUGCAUCAAGGUUUAAGUCACAAUCGUUCUUGGCCUUGAUUUUCGGAGUUUUGGAAGGAUCGAAUUAUAAAGACAAAAUAAUUUCAGAUUUGUUCAAAGAAAUGGGCAGUGACAUCAUAAUUACUGCGUUUUAUGGGAAGGACGACUUCAAAAUACAAAUUGAUGAAACGGGAUUCUUAAAUUUGGCUUCAAAAAUUCAUGAUUCUUCUUUACCUGAUAUUUUGAUUGAUUUCUUGUUUUCCGUGGCCCAGUAUCAGCAAACAGACCUUUUCAAAAAGUUUAUUCAUGUUUUAUCCGCUGAAAUUCCGAAAUUUCACGAAAUUAAGACAAAAUACGCAACGGAAUGGAUCAUGAUAGCCAUUACAAGAUACAAUGCAGUUGUUGAUAUAGAACUUAUUGAUUUUGUUGCAAAAUUCUUUGAUAAAUUGGAAAAUUUGAAUAAUUCUGUGAAAUUGAUUCAUAUUUUCCUCCAAUUACUCAAGAUUGACGAUGUAGACUUCCUUUCUUCAGUAUUUAUUAGGAUGUGCAUCUUGAAAUUUUCUGGAAAUAUCGAAAUCAAAAUUUCUCAAGCUCUUUCACUAUUGGUGUAUCGGCCAACAAUUGAUAAUGAUAUUUCCAUGCCAAACAACCUAUCUUAUCUAUCAGAAAUCAUUGAUUUCUUUUCAAAAUAUGAUAUCUCAAAAUUUUCUUUGAAAAAGAUUGAGAAACAGAAUAUAAUGUUGGCCAAAUCCCUCUUUGACUACAUUUCUCAGCUUGGAACUCAAUUCAAAAAAUCAAAAAUUAAAUUUUCCCAAGAACAGUUCAUUUCUGUGCUCCAGAUUGUGUCCUACCUCAUGCAACAACUCGUUUCCUUCAAUGUCGACGUUUAUUGGAAACAAUCUUCAGAUUAUUUGACUGCGGACAAUUUGAUAGAAAGUGACAUCACGGCUUUGUCCAUUUUUGUGUUCACCUGCUAUUAUUACAACGAAAGAACGGUCUUUAUUGAUUUAUUCAAUAAAUACAAGUCAAUCCUCAGCAAAGCCUUCUACGAUGACGAAGAUAUAGAGAGCAACGUUGAUAACUUUGUUUGCGGAGCUCUGGCUGAGAUCUACAACUACACAGACUUAUUAAUUUUUAAUUUGUCAAAAAGAAUCAACCAAAACAUUGAUUACACCUUGAAAUCUGAUAGUCACGUAAGAAAUGAAUUCAUUGCCACUGAUUUUUACGUAAUUGCUGAAAUUGAGAAAAUCAAAACCGAAUUUAUUCUGAAAAACCGAACUAAUUCGUCCGAAAAGUCAUUGCUACACUCGAAGAACUUCGAACCUUUCAUUUAUUCCAACUCUCGGCUUCAAUUUAUCGAAAAAGAGAGUAAAUACUGCACAAACAUCAUAAUUGUGCAAAAUGGAAGGGAAAUAAAGACGAUUAUUUCGUAUUUUGGCCCGACUUUGAUCGUCGGAGGCUUUGAAAUCCAAAUUUCAGAUAUUAAGUUUGCUUUUACGAAGAAUUACAAAGAGAAACAAGCAAUUGAGCUAUUUUUGAAUAAUUCCUAUAUGAUUUUCGUUGUUUUUGACUCAAAUUUUGAAGAAUACAAAAAAUAUUUGUUGGAUAACAAAGUUUUGAUGACUCCUGACUACGCGAAGAUGUCUGAAGAAUGCUUCAUUGGCCAGAUAACUCUCCAGGACUUUCUUUUGUACAUAAACUUCGGAUGUGGAAGAUCUUUCAAUACUCCAUCGAAUUAUCCGAUAUUUCCUCGUCCAAGGGAUGAUUUCUCUGUGGUUCUGCCAGAAUUUCCUCAAAAUUUUGUAAAUUUGAUGAUAAAUCAAAAUAAUGAAAAAAAUAUUGAGGAAAAAGUUACAGAACUCACUCCAGAAUUCUUCUUAUGCCUUGAUGCAGUCAAAUCCUUCAAUGUUUCUCUAAAAGACAUCAAAAAGAACAUUGAAUUUUUAUAUUCAGAUUAUUCUCUGAAAAAUCUUCAUAUUUGGGUCAACAGAAUCUUCAAUGUAUCCAUUCCAUCACUCUACACCAUUGCAAACAUCAAAAGAACCAAGUCAAUCACGUUUACAAACUUAGAAUUCGAAAUUACUGAUUUGGAUUCGAAUAUAAUGGAAUUGAACAUUGAAAACACAACAAUUGGUUUGUUGUCACCAAAGAACUUCAAGUUAUUGAGUGUUUUGGUGUCACAAAAACAAAAAUCUUUGAUAAUUAGUUCGAAAUUCGAUAUUCCAAUGGAUAUGAAGUUGGAUUCGAGUAUGAGAGCUAUUAUAUCAAAAGAUAACUCAAUGGCAGUCGUCUACAACCAUUUUGAACAAAGUUUGAAAAUAAUAUUUUUCAAUAAUUCUGUUCAAUGCACAGUUGUACCAGCGAUUGUCAAUAUAUGUGAUAUGAGGACCUCCCAGAACGAUUCUGUAAUAGGAAUUUGCGAAGAUGGAACGAUUUUCAAAAUUUCAUCAACAAAUCGAAAAAUUUUGAAACUCCAAAUCAAAAAUCCUGUUUCUGUAUGUUGUUCUGAUAUUCUCAUGACCGUCGCGAUCCUUCUACAUGACGGGACUGUCUAUUUGGUCAACACUUCCUCAUUAGAAAUUUUCCAUUCAUUCAAAACCGUCGAUGGCUUUGAAAUUCCGAGAAAAGUCGAAAUUUUUGACUCGGGAUUCAUCUGUGUUUUGGCUAUUGGCGGAAAUACGAGUCUCCUGAGAUCGUUUACAUUGUCUGGAGAGUACAUAGAGUCCUACGCUCAUCCUUAUACUGUUUUGGCAAUGAAAAAAUUGGAAAUUUACCAUAAUUUGUCAUGUUUGUUCAUUUCUCUGGAUUCUAAUGAAAGUUUGAUAUUGAAUGCAAGGACAUUCGAGGUUAUAAAGAUAAUAAAUACUCCGAAACCUGUAAGAAAAAUUUCUUAUUGCAAAGAAAGGAGAACUCUCGUGGGAACUUGCAAGAAUAACUCUAUAUUUUUGUUAAUAGUUGAUAUUUAG